AUGGAGUCUUUGUUGCAGAAUGAAGAGGAGCCAGACGAGACUGCACCAGUGGUGAAUGAUGCCCCUCCACCUUACAGCAGCAUUUCUGCGGAGAAUACAGCUUAUUUUGACUACAAGGAUGAGUCAGGAUUUCCUAAGCCUCCAUCUUACAACGUGGCCACAACACUGCCUAGUUAUGAUGAGGCGGAGAGAACCAAGGCUGAAGCCACAAUUCCCUUGGUUCCUGGAAGAGAUGACGACUUUGUGACACGGGAUGACUUUGAUGACACCGACCAGCUGAGGAUAGGAAAUGAUGGCAUUUUCAUGCUAACUUUCUUCAUGGCAUUCCUCUUCAACUGGAUUGGAUUUUUCCUGUCUUUCUGUCUGACUACUUCAGCUGCAGGACGAUACGGGGCCAUUUCUGGGUUUGGUCUGUCUCUUAUUAAAUGGAUCCUCAUUGUUAGGUUCUCCACCUAUUUUCCUGGUUACUUUGAUGGCCAGUAUUGGCUUUGGUGGGUCUUCCUUGUACUAGGUUUUCUGCUGUUUCUCAGAGGAUUUAUUAAUUAUGCAAAGGUUAGGAAGAUGCCAGAUACUUUUUCCACUCUCCCCAGAACCAGAGUUCUCUUUAUUUACUAAAGAUGUUUUCUGGCAAAUGUCUUCCUGCGUUAGUGAAUUCUCCCUCAAGAAGCAACAGGACACCUGCAGGAAGUGAAUCAAGACUCUGGAGCAGAAGAAAAAAUAAUCCCCUGCUUUAAAAUACAUAAAAAAAUAAAAGCACUGUUGG